AUGACCGACCUCAAUAUCCCCGCCAUUGCAAGUGCUGCAUUCUUGGGGUUCCUGGCUCUUGCAGCGCUGCUUUUCUGCAUUCCACCGGUGACACGAUUCUUGGGCGAUCUGUUCUGCUGCCCAUGGAGGAUUCCAUUCACGCGCAAGAGGCGGCGCAACGACGAUGAAGAGUUGGACAAAGAUGACUUGCCGUACUUAGCAAAGCGACGUCCGAGUAGCACAGUCGACGAUACUGGGUAUCGAUCGAUGCCGGAUGCUUACAUGUCGGCCGUGCGCAUACGAGAUUAUGAGGAUGUGGAAGACACAUUUGGAGAUCACCCAUUGCAGAGGAACUAUUCCAAUGAUCGGCAGGGACCGGAGGAAGACUACUAUAGCGGAUCAUAUGAUGAUCAUCAUGCUCAACUACAACAACCAGACGCGUCGCACAACAGGGAUUGGUGGCGAUCGCCCACAGAAGAGUACCCGGAGUACCAUGACUACCCAUCGCAAGCUGCUCAUGGUUAUGAUCCAGCUUUUUACUACUCUGACGAAGAUAUCGACGACUACGGGACAAAAGACUUCCUGGAUCACGAUAUCCAGCGGCCUCAACCAUCUUACUCGCCGCAAGAGAUGAAUUCCUACCAACACGCUGGCGGCUACUUCCCAAGAGUAGAUCACGAUUACUACAGUCAAUACAGGAGAACUUGA